AGGAGGAGGAGGCGAUGUUCUCCAGGAAGACCCCGCGUCCUUCCUCCGAGGCGUCCCGGUACGAGCGCAUUGUGCGCUUGUCGACACCCAGAACCCGGAGCUGCAGCUCCCAGGAAGCCGGUCAGAACCGUCCCGUCUGGCACGUCGACCCCAGAGCGAAGGCCGCCGUGGUCACGGCGCGGCUGCUGCGGCUCGCCAACCCCAAACCCGACCACCCGGACUUCCUGAGCAACAGAGAGAGCGUGGCGUCCGUCGUUUCGUUCGCUUCCAAGACGGCUCGAAUCUCCAAGCGACUGGUCCGGCUGUCGCUGCCCCGACUGAAGCGGAGCAACGACGACCACGAGCUCGGACGCCCGGUGGAGCCGAUCUGGACCGUUUCGAAGGCGGCGUUGAGAGCCACGGCGAGCGCCCGCGUUGAAACGUUGGCGACGCCAAAGCGUCUUUCCGAGGACUACGUCCCCCCACGAGAACCAGACUGGAACCGGACCAACGUCCACCCCCACCCCACGAGAACCAGACUGGAACCAGACCAACGUCCACCCCCACCCCACGAAAACCAGAGUGGAGCCGGACCAACGUCCCCCCACCCCACGAGAACUAAAGUGGAGCCGGACUGACGUGCCCCCACCCCACGAGAACCAGAAUGGAGCCGGACCGACGUGCCGUCCUCCUGAGCUGAAUGAAUUAAUAUAAACUGUAAGCAAUUGUUGUUGUUUUUCCAAACAUUUGUAGAAGACUAAGCCCAAAGAUUAUAAAAGUAUUUAAUAUGUUUAAAUUCCAAACUCAAUCUGAGACAUCUGGAGGGGAAACGAGACAA